AUGGAACCUCCUACAUACCCAUAUGCAGACACUCGUCAAAGAACAAGUAGUGCAGGUUUAGGAACCUCGGCAUCUAAUGGGCCUCCGCCGAAAGCGGAAUCUGUACCCUUCGACUUCCAGUCGCAACUCGGACAUAUGGUGUGGGAAGCAGGAUCAAAGCAGGUGCAGGACACAUUCAAAUCUUACGGAAGAAUUGAUUUAUUUCGACCCUACUUUGACGUAGAGCCUAGUCAGGUGCGAAUUCGUCUUCUGCGCUCAUUUGUGCCACGCCGACCAUCUCAAAUGGUGACUUCACCUGAUCUCUAUGGCCCAUCGAUGGUUGUCCUCACAAUGGUUGCAUUACUUUUGUUUAACAUGAAAAGUAGUGGGUGA